AUGACAAACUCGAUUGACUCUUUAAAGAUUAAAUCAGGAAGAUUAUUAGAAACCAUUCAUGAGACUGCAAAAUGGGGAGCUAAAGGUGUUUGGGGACCUGAAUCAACACAAACAGGUGUUUGUCGGUUAGCAUUAUCUGAUUUAGAUAAAGAAGUUAGGGAUUGGUUUGUUCAAGAAACUGAAAAACUAGGUUGUCAAGUAAAAAUCGAUGAAAUGGGUAACAUUUUUGCCAUUUACCCUGGUAAAAAUCAAGGUCCUCCAAUUGGAAUUGGUUCUCAUUUAGAUACUCAGCCUAAUGGUGGUAGAUAUGAUGGGAUAUUGGGGGUGUUGCUGGGUUUAGAAGUAUUGAGGACUUUGAAAGAUAAUAAUUACAUUCCCAAUUAUCCUAUAGCAGUAAUCGAUUGGACUAAUGAAGAAGGGGCAAGAUUCCCAACCAGUAUGGUAUCUUCAGGAGUUUGGGCCGGGAAAAUCUCGUUAGAAAAUGCCUGGUCACUCAAAUCAUUAGAUAUCAACCCAGUGACAAUGAAACAUGAAUUGGAAAGAAUCGGUUAUCAGGGUGAAGUUGAAGCAUCAUAUUUGGAGAAUCCAUUAGCUUGUCAUUUUGAACUUCAUAUAGAGCAAGGACCAGUGUUGGAAAAUGAAAAGAAAAAAAUUGGGGUAGUAACUGGGGUUCAAGCAUUUGAAUGGAAUUUGGUGACAAUUACUGGUAAAUCGUCUCACGCUGGUACCACCCCUAUGAAUACUAGGUCGGAUGCUUUAAUGAUUGCAUCCAAAAUUAUUUUGAUGGCUAUAGAAACAGCUUCUCAACAAGGUGGUUUGGCUACUGUUGGUACAUUGGAUUUAGAACCUAGAUCAGUGAAUGUCAUCCCCAAUAUUGUCAAAUUUUCUUUGGAUGUUAGACAUGUUAAAGAUGAUAAUUUGGAGAAAAUAAUGAAGGAAAUUAAAACCAAAGCAACUGAAAUUGCUCAAACCAAUAUAAAUUCUCCUUUUGCUAAACCAUUGACUGUUGAAUUUGAAAAUUUGAUCACUUCUCCAGCAAUCAAUUUUAAUCAAACAAAUAUCGAUACCGUUAGGAAUUCUGCUUUACAACUUUUCAAAGAGAAUGAAAUAAGAGAUAUUGUUAGUGGUGCCGGCCAUGAUUCUUGUUUUACUAGUUCUAGAGUUCCUACAUCAAUGAUAUUCAUUCCUUCCAAAAAUGGUGUUUCUCAUACACCUGAAGAAUAUUCUUCUCCAGAAGAAGUUGAAAAUGGGUUCCAAGUAUUAUUAAGAUCUGUUUUGUUGUACGAUGAAAUGAGAGGAAAUGGCUCAGUUUAA